CUUAAUUUUUUCUUGGACUUGGAUUGUUUAAUCACAUAUUUAUUUAUUUUUCAUAUUUUUUCGUACAUUUAUUUAUUUUUCAUCUUGUGUCGUACGUUUAUUUAUUUGUCAUAUUUUGUCGUAGAGAUAUACGUUUCUAAAGCAGUCUGUUGAGAAGAUUUCAUUUUGGAGCCAUGCAAAGCCCAGGGUUGGAAUAUCUGAUGAUGCUUCUCGUUGUCUGCCGCAUAGAGGACGUGUCUUCAGAUCACGAGCACACGCACCCCGUGUUGAGGAACUUCCAGAGUUGGGUCAGCGACAAGUUUUCAUCGGAGUCGCUGGAGGACCCACAGGCAUUAAAAAGCUUUCUAAAAAUCGUAUUCGCAAGACUGAACACGCUUCGCUCUGAAAUCCCGUGCGGCAGGCAUGGCGGUGGGGCCGAUGCUCGCUCUGACAAUUCAAAUCAUCUAGAUAGGGUAGAGCACGCCAUUGUGGAACAAGUUUGCAAACACAGUGACUGUAAGUUUAAGGAUAUUCUACGGUCGCCAGAAUAUUUGAAGAUGUUUUGUAAACUGACGCUGACGAGCGCCUUAUUCCCGGAACACAUAUGCAAUGCAAACUGGACGUCUUCGGAUGAAUUCGAUGAUGUCAAUAUGUUGAUGACGUCGGUUCGAAGACACUAUCGUAGGGAUGCAUCCUUUUCGAAUGGGCAUGGAGGGGCUUCUUCGCUGAAUAUAGUUUUCGAAACGGAAGCAUAUGCAAAUCGAUUAUUAUGUUUACGCGACAGACAUGUAUCAGAGGCGACGAAUUUGAACAGAGGAGCGCACGCGGAUUUGGGUAACGCGGUGGUCUUGGUCGUCCAUAAAAUUUUAGAAGGAUUAAACUUUAUCAACAACAGUGACUUAUGUCCCAUGGAUUUUCUGCACGAUUCGUAUUCCACGCUGCAACGACGGAGCGGCUUACAUGACCAUAUUUCAGUAAUAGACAGAAUCCUACACAACGCCGCUACGCUGACUAAAGGAGACAGUCUAAAACGCAGUAACGCAUUAAGGCGGGCUAUGUUUUCUAUGCAAGAAUUUCCAUCAACAAAAUAUUUGCUCGCGAGGGACGAAAGCAUAUCCAAAUAUCAUCCAUCAAUGAAAAUACUGCAAGCUAAGAAAGACAUCGAUGGCGAUCGCGAUCACCCGUCAGCUCAUGGUCCACAAUGGCCAUCCACUGGUGGUAGUAGUAAUCACGGUGGUACCCAUAGCAAUCAGUUCUUGCAUGAUGAUGUUAAACCUGACAGAAACGAUGUUGUAAUUCGGAACUGUUACAAUGGUCGCUCGUUAAUGGAUAUAUACACCGGCAAUCACCAUAACCAGCACACAGAUUCUGUUUCCAUGGGAUUGUUCCUGGACAUGUGUCCCGCCAUUCUGGACCAACUUAUACACGGUGCUACAGAUUGCUGGAGACUUUCCACCGAGCCUCAUCUCACGACACCUGCUACAAUACCGACAUUUUCAGUGUCUAAAACGACGAUUUCAAAUGAAACAUUAUCAAACAAUACUUCGACAAAAUCAAAAGCAAAUAGCUACAUUUUCGGAUCUCUUUCCACACUUGUCAUCAGUCUGUUCAGCAUGUUCGGUGCCGUUUUCAUGAAACUGACGAGGGUCAACAUCCGCGCCUAUCUCAUGGCCUUUAUGCUGUCCCUCGCCGUUGGUUGCCUUGUUGCAGAUGCUGGUUUGCAUUUACUACCCGAGAUACUCGCAGAAGAGAAAGAGGAGGAAAAUGAUGGUGAACAUGAUGAGCUACUUUCCGCGCCUCUCAAGAAAAUGUGUGCCUUCUUGGCUAGUAUCUAUGCCUUCUUUAUCUUGGAGCUCAUGUUGUCAACAAAGCACGAGCAUAGUCACUCUGACCAGAACGGUACAGUUGCAGAACAACAGAUCGUGUUGAAGAGCGUAAAUCCAGUGAAUGAUAUCAACACUAAGAACCUAACUGUGCGCAACAAGCUUAACAACCUCGAGCGAGACGGCUCACAACGCUCCGUAACUCACCACAAUCCUGUGCUUUCUGCGAAGCAGACAAACCAAACACAUCAAGGCCAACCACAAGCCUGCGGUCGCACAAGCAGCCUAGAUGACCCACGCUGUAACUCUGUCAGUGCCGCAAAUUCGAAUGCUAGCGACCGAAUCAGUGUGCAUGACACGCCAUCUAACAUUAAAGCUCUUGCGUGGAUGAUAAUCAUCGGUGAUGGCAUCCACAACUUUGCGGACGGUCUCGCCAUUGGUGCUGCUUAUGCUGUGACCUUCACCAAAGGUCUCUCCAUCUCCAUCACCGUGCUUUGUCACGAGGUGCCACACGAACUAGGUGACUUUGCUGUUCUCAUAUCCACGGGUAUGUCAAUCAAGAAGGCGUUGGUACUGAACUUCCUAUCGAGCCUGACGGCAUUUGCAGGCCUCUAUAUCGGACUGGCAUUAGGGGCACAGGAGGAGACGUCUAAAUGGAUAUUCUCCGUGGGUGCCGGCAUGUUUCUCUAUGUCGCUUUGACCGACUUAAUACCAGAAUGUAAGGAAAUCUACAAGAAAACGCCGACCGUUAAAAUGUUUGUGACCGAAAACCUCGGACUCCUUUUCGGUUUAGCCAUCAUGUUGUUGCUAGCAAUGUACGAGGACAGCAUGAAAAUUGACAUUUAAUUGAAAUACAUGAAAUACUGAAUAGUAAUGCAAACGAGCUGUAAACGGCUUCACAGAAUCGUAUCAACGGUACUUCCCAUAUAAAGAUACAUACGUAAAGACACAUUUCCCAUUCCUGAUUUUUUAUUUGCUAGAAAAAGUAAUGUCGCGGCAUUUUAACACAAUCAUUUGGCUGAGUUAACACGCUACGUUAACACACCUAUUUAAAUAUAGUAUUGGACAAUGCAACAUUCGGUCUCGUUACACAUAUCUAUAUUUAAGAAUGCCACAUUGCAAAGAUCAUUAUCAAAAAAUGUAGCAUGCAACAUGUUCCUGCUUUAAAUAAGUAAGAGUUGCGACGAUUUAGCAAGCCUUAUUUCACUCAAUUUUGAUUUCAAACAACAUUGUCCUUAAUAAUUUGGUGUGUUUCUCUUUUCUGAGAUUUUAGGUUUAAUGUAUGAGUGCAAUA